GGAGGGGUGAAAGUCGAGCGUCAUGGCUCUCGACGCGGCAACCGAGCGAGAACCCCACCACCUAUAGCAGGAUGGAAUAGCGGACGACCAAAUGGAGCAAGCUCAAGACUACUAUGACGCGCGCGCUCUCUCAUUCCGCUGCACUCGGGUGAACACGAGAGCGCGAGGACAAAAGAAGAAGUGCAAACGUUCCUCUCCCAGGCCGUUUGGCUCACCUCGUCCGUACUCUCCUGUCAAGAAUCGUCGUUUCAAUGUCGCUGACAUUUUCAUCGUCCGGCCCCAAGGAAACACUCAAGAACUCCGUACCAUUUAGAAAAUCAGCCGUGAAACGAGUGAGUUCAUGGCCCGACGCUACCAAGCGCGUUUCGAUGGUGGACCACCAGACGGUGUCCUCUACCCAACGCUUGGACCCACGACGCCAACGUCCCCGCGUGCGGCUCGUGUACGGUGGUCACGACCAGCGCGUGUCCGAGUCACACUGGGCCAUCGUGGUGGCCCUGGUGGCUUCCCUGAGCAUCGUGAUCGCCUUCUUCGUGUUCGUCGCGCUCGCGUUUGCCACGCGCUCGAGUGAGGAGAACCGUCGCCUCGAGCACUGCGACACGCCGGCCUGUCGAGGCUUUGUGCAGCUCCUGGCUGCCAGCAUGGACACCAGCAGCGAACCGUGCGACAACUUCUACAGGUUUGUGUGCGGGAAUUGGAAGAGCAGUCGCUCGGUGUACCAGGAGCAUUUGUCCAAGUUCUUCGAAGAACUCGCCACUGCACUGAGGGAUGCCCGAGGUCUUGACAACGGAAAGACCGUGUCGGGAAAGGCGGCCAGUCUCUAUGCUGGCUGCGAGUCAGUGCUUCUGGGAGGAAAUGACGACAUAGACGGCUUCCGAGAAGUGCUAAGCGAAGCCCAACUCGCUUGGCCAAAGCUCGAAGGUGCAGCUGAUGUUCUGGCGACAACAUUCCGGAUCAGAAAAUAUUUCGACAUUGCCUCGUUACUGAAAAUCACUAAGCUUGCGAAAAGUGCACCCGACAGCUCGACCGAAUCCACGUUCCUGGUUGAACCGGGCGACGUCCUAAAAUCAAAAAGUUACACGCAUAGGCUAUCUUGCAAUAACAAAUUCUACAACUCAUCUACGAUGUGGACAAACACCUCUACAAGCUACGAAUUCUUCAACCUAGUACUCAGCAUUGUAGCGGGUCCGAACGGCAGCCAUGAAUUUUUGAUCUUGCACGACAGCUUCGUCAGCAUAGGCAAAGAUCUCCGGAAGGCCAUUUAUCCAAUAACGAAUAGAACGGUGUUAGCGAGUCCCUCGACAAACACUUCGAGCCUUUCGAUGUUCACGUCACAUUUCAACGAAACACGCUGGAGCGACUUCUUCUCGAAGAACUUCAACACUGACGACACGGACAUCGUCAUAAACGUAACUGACGUUGACUAUUUGACUGCGUUCAGCGACCUCGCCAACAAGUGGAACGAAAGCGUUAUGGUGUGGUGCACGAGUUGGCUAGCUGUCGCAGAGAUGGCGCCCUUCAUGAGCAAGGACAUCGCUCUUCACAGGUUCAUCACCGAGGCCACAGGCGAAGCUGCACCGAGGCAUUGCCUCGAACUGACCGAAAGACUCCUGGGAGCAGCCACCUUCAGCGCCUAUGCCAACAAGGCGUUUACCAAGGACGUGGUAGAAGAAAUACGCGCCUCAACCCUCGCUCUGCUGGCACCGAUCCAGGCGAAGAUGCUCAAGAGCACCUGGCUCGUUUCUCCCAGCAUUUACGACAUCGUCAAUGCCCCCGAUUUCUUCUCAAUACUCAUCCAGGCUAGAGCGUAUCAACAAGAGUUGGACGCGAGUCUAACACGAAACAAUACGCAGUCUAUUGCCCAUAACUGGGUGAGCGCGGUUCGCCUGCGCAAUGAGCUGUUGGACAAAGCUGCCACUUUCUCCCGGACAACACACCUGGAAGACGUUCACACAGAGCCUUCGUAUACAUUCUUCCACGCUGCGAGUAGUACCGUCCGGCUGCCGCUAUAUGCGUCGAUGCUGCCGAUGUACGACCGCGGCCUCACGAGAGGCAUCAGGUUCGGGACUCUGGGUGUUUUGUUUGCACAGGCAACCUUCCGAGGCCUGCUAGCACGAGUCAGCCAGGGCAACGCUAGCCACCCCGACGACCACUUGCGCUGCUUCUCGGGUCCUUCCGGAAACGGGUCCUAUUGUUUCGACUACGACAGAGCCGUCCCUCUGGAGAUGCUGGAGGAGCUCGUGCAACAAGCGUUACCACUUUCCGGCCGCAACGAGCUUGACCUUGAGCCCCGACUAGAAGAAAUGCAAGCGUUCUUCGUGUCCAUGUGCUACUUGCUUUGCAGUCCCGAAGACGGCAGAGACGCCAGUGCCAGGUCUAAGCGAGCCUGCAACGAGGCAGUGAGGCACUCUCGUCUCUUCCCCAAGGCGUUCAACUGCUCCUUAGGUACGAAUAUGAACCCGCCGGACAAAUGCGAGUUUUUUUGACGUAGAUUUAUGUAGCAGAACGUAUAUGUCGUUUCCUUUAUUUUCCUGCUUUGAGUGAAACACACUUGUCUGCGAACGUUUCCAUUGUGAAGGUAUUUUCUUUUAUAGAUAGCAACUGCCACUGAAGUGCAAGCAUUUUCUCCUUGUACGCGAAAGAAAUGACUGAGGGUUGGAAGGCUAUCCGCACGCCGUAUCCAUGUAAAAGGCCACAACUGUGCCGAUAUUCACAGCUCCUCGGCGUUCUUGAACUCUCUUCUGCUCACCGAUAGAACUGAUCGUCGCUCUACUAUAGCAUGCGCACCAUAUUACAGUCACUGCACCGUUGGA